AACCAGAGAGAGAGAGAUAGAGGGAGAGUUCUGAACUUAUGUAACAAGAAGUGGAGGUAGGAUACGAAUGUGAAGCUGGGUUGGAAAAUCUAAACCAAAGCAGGAGAGAAAAAACUUUGCCUUUAGUGAGGGAAGAGAAGGGAACAGGGGAAGGAGAAAGAGAAGGAACGCUUGGACAGAGACAAGAAGAGACUGAGAAGACUGUCCAAACAGGACACUACUGAAUUCCAUUCAACAUGGAAAAUAUGGAGCUGCCACCUCGACCAAAACUCUUUGACUUCCAUGGAGUUUCCAUGACCCACUAUUUCACUGACAACUGGGAGAACAUACAAAACUUCCAGGCCAGGCCAGAUGAUAUCCUCAUCGCCACUUACCCCAAAGCAGGUACCACAUGGGUCUCCUACAUUCUAGACCUGCUGUAUUUUGGUCAGACAGCCCCUGAGCGUCAGACUUCACUGCCUAUCUAUGAGAGGGUGCCUUUCCUGGAGAGUGACUUCCAUAUUCUCCCUCCAGGAACGGAGUUGGCAGACAAGUUAUCCACCUCUCCUCGCCUCAAGACUCACCUCCCAGUCCAGUUGGUACCCAAGUCCUUCUGGGAGCAGAACUGCAGGAUAGUGUAUGUGGCCCGUAAUGCCAAGGACAAUGAAGUGUCUUAUUUCCACUUUGACCGUAUGAACCAGGCCCAUCCAGAGCCAGGAGACUGGAACAACUUCUUACAGAGAUUCAUGGAUGGAAAGAUGGUGUUUGGUUCCUGGUACGACCAUGUAACUGGCUGGUGGGAGAGGAAACAGACUCACUCAAAACUCCACUACGUUUUCUAUGAGGAUAUGGUUGAGGAUAUGAUACGAUAUGAUCCUCACCCUGUAUAUUCAACACUAUAAUCCAGUUAACUGUGGACCAAUGGAAGACUGACACCCCAGUCGAGCCUAUCGUAAGUCUAUGUGCGCCAAAUACACAAUCAAUCAACCUGACCACAAACAAUCAGACAGUCAACUUGACCACAACUCCUAGACUACAGUGCGGAACUGUACGGUGGUGUUCUUCAUCUUCUUCUUAUAGUCUUCAUCAAACUGUUCACUCUGGGCCACAGUGAAAUGGUUCUUCCAGUCACCAACCUUUCCUGAAGAGUGGGAGAAUGGGAGAGAGAGAGAGAGAGUCAUGAGCAAAGAAAAGGUGGUGGAUAUAGAGAGGGGAGGAGGGAACGACUGACAGAGAGAGAGGUAUAGGGGAGAAAUACCCAUUCAUACCUUUUCGUAUGAAUGUAGAGAUCUUGAAACGCAAGCAGAAUCUUUGUGGAUGAGGCAAGGUAGACUAACAAGACGUGACUGGUCUGGGCCUUGUCUGAUCUUAUGAAGGCUACUGGACAUGCACAUGGGUUAAUCAUACAUAGACAACAUCGGCCUGAACAUGUGAAGACCUUUGACAGGAACAUUAGCUAAUCAGUGAUUAGGCACCAGUAGGAGUAUGCAUGUCACUCCACCAAUAGAAUCUAUGCCUCAAUGUUUUAGCUAAUCAGAGAAUGGAAACUAAGUAAGACAACAAGAUUCACAAAGUGGAGUGAUGAUGUUAUGUAAGGGUAAAACUGUAUAAAACCAAGCACUAAGAAUGAAGAGUUUACAAACCUGACCCCAAACAUAUUCAAUCCCCCACCUUCCAUCAAAACACACACACACACCACACACACACACACUCACCUGAUAGGCUACUGAAUGGGCAGUGUCCUGGGGUAGAUAGUGUAUUUGUCUUUUCUGUGCCCUUAAACAUCCUGCAUUACAUUGUCUUCAACAAACUGUCUAAAUAACAUUUCAACAGUGUAUGUGUGUCUAACUCUAACCUGACCAGAGACUAGGCUGCAGAGUGUGUGCCUGGGCACUGUGUGAGGCGUGUACACAUCUUUCACCUACUGCAUCAACCUUUUUUAGUGCCAGGUUGCUUGUUAGACGACCACAAUCAAUACAAAAAGAUACUCUGUAAUGUUACUUGGUAAGGAGGUCUGGUGAGGAGGUCAUGUCACAGGUAAAUGUUCAUACAGUAGUUGAGGAGAUAAUAACCAAGCAUUGGCUACCCCAACAUAAAGCCUCAUCAGGAACUUAUAGUACCAUAUGCAUUUAUUUAAGUAUCAUUACAGAUGCUGGCAGUGUAGAAAUUUAACAUUUAAUAUCAAAUACAAUAGACCACAUUUACUGGAAUGACAUUCACUCUCACGUGUGGAAAAAAAGCCCCCAUUAGCCACACCUCCAACUCUUCUGAUAAGCUGUCACCACUACAUUGCCCCUGCCGCUAUUCAAUGUGCAUGCGAAUGAGUUGUUGGAAGCCAUUUAGAAGCUUUCGUUAAAUAACAAAAAUCACACUGAUCUAAAAAAUACAUUAUUUGAUUUCAGGCAAAUUGAAUAAAGUAGGUUGGAAGAUACAAAGUGUAAUUUUCUAUCAUUCUAAACAGUAGAAGCACUUCAGAUGAACAACAGCGCCAUCCCACUUUUUACAGUGCAAGUGACAGGCAUAGUGAACAUACAGCUGUGAAACGUGGAGGGUGUGUGUAUGUGCAAAUUACUGGCUCUUUGACCGCUUUGGGUCAUAUAGACAUUUCAUAAUAUUUUAAGUACAAGUACAUGAACAUCAAUGUAUUGUGUUUAGUCAUACUGUAUACUGUAUACGAGUAGGAAUUGUUACAGUUUCAAAGUAUGUAUAUUUUUGAAACAGAAUAAAACAAUGCUUGAUGCUUAAUAAUGCUCUUCUCCAUUUACAUAUUCAUUACUGUAUUGACUCUCACGUAUCACACUUUCACAAAAAAACAUGAAGACAUGGCUAAAGGUCAAUCAGAUUUGUGAACAUAAUCCCUAGGUGUGUCACGGCCUGACCUCAGAGAGAUUUUUAUGUCUCUUUUGGUUUUGUCAGGGUGUGAUUUGGGGGGGCAUUGUAUGUUCUAUUUUCUAUGUUUUUGUAUUUCUUUGUUUUGGCCGGGUAUGGUUCUCAAUCAGGGACAGCUGUCAUUCGUUGUCUCUGAUUGGGAAUCAUACUUAGGUAGCCUUUUUCCUUUUGUGGGAAGUUGACUUGAGUUAGUGGCACUAUUGCCCUUGUAAGCUUCACGGUUGUUUUUUUUGUUAUUUCUUGUUUUGUUGAUGACAUUUUACAAAAUAAAAAGUAUGCUCACCA